CACCCAGUCAGAACCUGGUAUUCGAUUCCCUAUAUCGGUAACAGUGGAACAUUUUGCUGCUUCUUGUUCAUCCCAAUAAAUCAUUCAAGACAACUUUCUCGGUACGAUAUGACAACCGUUUGCACAACGCCCAAUUCCCCGCCCGAACUUUCCGGUUCCAAGUCUUCCAAGUCGUCCUCCUUCCGCUCCUCCUCUCAACUCGAUGGCCCCGAUGGCGUCUUUACGGAUAUCUCCAACUUCGAAGAUAUUGGCCUUGAAGACGAUGCGGACCUAGCAUAUAACAAUGCUGUCGCCUCGCCCUAUGGCCGACCCGGCCUUUCACGGUCAUCGACGGCACGAAUGCAGUCCAAGGCCUCGGUGAUCACAACGCGCGAAUUGACCACUACAUCGCAACAAACGAAGGGUUUACACAAACCCCCCGCGCAAAUUAACGGAAUGCUCAGUCUGCAGACACGCAGUAUCUCCAGAUCAAAGUCAGGGAAUAAACGUGACCCUGGUAGUGCUAAGUCGCCAUUACAAACACCCAACUCUCAGCGUGCUCGAUCCACAUCGCCCCUCCGACCGACAUCUCGUCUGGGCUCCUCGCCAUCUACUCAUAGUCUGUCCUUGUCGCCAGCCAAUGCUCGGCCUCCUUUGAACCGAAAACACUCAUGGCAGCCAAACCGCAAGACCUUGAAGGAAUUGGAGGAAGAAUAUCAUGAUUCAGAUGAGGAGCUACCGGAAGAUGCAAGUCUGUGGAAUGUGCCGAUAUCCCCUCGACCUCUUGAAGAUCGCCCAGCUUCUCGAAGCACGAGUCCAAACGGUCGUAGUCCGGGACCUCGGCCCCUCCCCUUGUCGCACUCCGUCAAGGAUGCUUCACUGCCGGGUGCAAGAUCGCCAAGUGGAUCUCGACCACGUCGACCUGCUGUGCGAUCCAGUUCUGCAGGUCCCGAACGUGGCCAGAUUUCCCCGCGUAAUCCACGUGUUUAUUCGUACAAUAGCAUGAUGUCUGAUUUGUCGGAAGAAGCAAAGAUCAUCACCGAGGCUCUAGAACACCAUGCCGACGAGCGCGAACAGAAGCGCGGAGAGAAUCUACAAAGCGGCUUGUCGUCUCUGAGGUCAAGUGAGGAGUCUAAGCGGGGGUCUCGAGGCGCCAUUGAGCUACCCCCGUUGCAAAAGUCCAACAUUAUGAUCGAUCCCUUACCUAUCAGCAAAGAGAAAGAGAAGGUUCUCACAAGAACACGGCCCAGCUGGCUCCCUCCUAAAGAUCAGAAGGAAGAAAAGAAGCAUCUGAAAGAGUACAAGAGGAUGAUGGCACAAUCACGGGAAGCAGAUAAGCGUCGUGCAGCGAAGGCUGCCUCGGCCAAGUGCGAGAAGGACAACACCCGAGAAACACUCCAGCGUAUCUGGGAUGAUUAUGUUUAUCCCAAUUGGGAGAAUGCCAUAGGUGAAACCAGAACACGUGAGCUCUGGUGGCGUGGAGUGCCUGCUCGAAGCAGAGGAACAGCCUGGCAGCGCGCCAUCGGCAAUGAGCUGUCUUUGUCCGAGGAAACGUUCAAGAAGGCGUUGCAGCGCGCCAAAGACGUACGGUCAAAGGUCGAUGGCGAUACUGGAGAGAGUAACAAACGAAUGCGAGAGUGGUUUGAGGCAAUUGAAGGCGACGUAUCCACAGCAUUCCCAGAUUUGAAGCUCUUCCAGGAAGGUGGUCCUUUACGGGACACUUUGAUUGACGUGUUGGAGGCAUACUCUAUGUAUCGCAGUGACGUGGGCUAUGUCACUGGUCUCCAUACAAUUGCCGCUCUCCUCGUCCUUCAAUUCCCAACCCCUUCAUCUGCAUUUCUCGCAAUGGCUAAUGCACUUAAUCGAUCUUUGCCUGUUGCUUUCCUCACCCUUGACCGCGGGGCGAUCAGCCGUACAUACACACUAACGACUGCGACACUUCGUUAUAAAUUCCCUCGUCUAGCCUCUCACCUUACUGAGACGCUUCAGCUCUCGGAUGAAGAGAUCUGGGAGCCGAUGUUCCGCUCCCUCCUCACAAAUGGUCUUGACCUUGAGCGUAUCAGCCGCGUCUGGGACUGCUGGGUAUUCGAGGGAGACCGCAUCAUGAUUCGAGCUGCAGUGGCAGUCCUUGGUUGCUUGCAGGCGCAACUGUUUGGAUUUACCAAACCGGAUGACGAGAGUCGUGCUACGGUUAGACAGAUCCUCGGAUGGGGGCCCCGUAGUGCCGGAGCCAAGCCUAAGGAGCGGCAUAGUGCUCCGGUAACAUCUGCAGCGGGCUUCGGUGGCGGUCAAUUCUCCAAUGCCGGCGUUGGUGACUAUUGGAUACUCACAGCCGCGGGCGAUGAAGAUGGAUUUAUGAGUGAGGUUAGGGAAGCUGGCAAGGUGCGGGACUAA